AUGCCAAAGAACAGGACAGGCGGGCUGACAGACAAGCGGGCGAGCAGACAGAUGGGCAAGAACAGUGGCUACAGAGUUGAAGAGCAAAGCAGGGUUACAUGUAGCAUCUGCAUGGAGGUGGUCACAGGAGACGAGAUGGGCCGCGUGCUGUUGCUGCCACAGCUGCGGGCUGCUGCUUGCUUCGACGCUGUUGCUUCAUCCGGCUGCCUCGUUUCAGGUUGUUCCGGCCAUUGGAGACGCCCUGCCAGCCAUCCGGCCACCCAAGUCAGCCAUCCGCUUCCAUGGCAAGCCCGACGCCGCAGCCGUGUGUGCGUGUGUGUGUGUCACACAUCCCAAACGUCGCCGACGACGACGACGAUUUGCUGCCCGCGGACCAAACGCGAGCCUGAAGCCAACGAACGAACGAGCGGGCAGGCGGGAAAACACCCACCAGCGCCAUCGCACGCACGUAUCUGUCAUCUCUGA